UUCUUGAACCGCUGCCAACGGAGGCCGGCCCUGAACGCCACAGCUGAAAGUUUUACAAGCGAUUGGGUCGGAAGGCAGGAAGACAGACUGAGAGAUUUUCAGGCGUCAAGAAAUGGCUCUUUCUUUUACCCGAGAGAGCAAAAGUGGGAGAAAAUGCAACAUGGUAAGAAAUAAAUGGACAAAUAACAAAAGGACGUAAGGAGGGUGCUGACGUCACACACUGUGCUGCCCAUGACAAUGCCUGAAAGAAGACAGGACGAUUGCAACUCUUUCCCUCCCUCUCUCUCACCAUCUCUGCCCCGUCAGGAAAGGGGUGGCACACUUUUUGGCAGGGUGACACUGGAUUAUUUCAGAGCGUUCUGCCUGGGACGCGGUUUCUCUACAGCUGAGCAGAGCAGCGUUACCACAAACUUUCAGCACAAGUGCUGUGACAAGUGACUGCCUUGCUCUCUUUGUCCUGGCGCCUCGGGUUGAACUUUCUCACUCCGUCCUCUCGCCUCAGCGCAGCAAGGACUCUUUGAGGACUCAGACUCUAUUUUUUUGUCUGUUUUACCUGGAAAAGCUGACGACCGUGAACUUUCCUCACUCGAACCUUUGAUUCGGUUUGAAUAUGCACAUCGCAAAGGCACUAAAGUUGAUGUGCACAAAUGCCUAUGAUUAAAUCUUAAAAAGCAUACAUGCAUAAAAAAUGCAGGCAAUGGAAGGACAGCUAAAGAUGCUUCCGAAAAAGAGGAAUCGAAAGGCUUGUAAUGCCUAGGACGGAUGCCAAAUGCUGACAAAAGACUUCUUUGGGGAGACUUUGCUCUAUUUCAGGACGUGUGUCAGAUCGUUGGGACUGAUACUGGCAGGACGGUUGGCAGCAAGUCACUGUAUUUCGAUUUCCAGCAACUCAAGCUAGUCCAAGGCCGAAAAAAAGGUCUAUUCCGUCCUUGGGCCGUAGGCAAACGGACAUGGGGUGGCGGACGAGCGCGCCGGCCCCCUGAAAUUUUUGGUGGACCGGCUGAUGGCGCCCCCGGGCCUCGUCGAAAGGGACAAGGUGGACGGGCGUGUCGGACACACUCUGACCCCCCCGGGGGGGCAACGGGAGGAGCCCGAAGUUUCGGGACCCCCGAGGCAGUUCUGCAAAGGCCCCCUUGGUGGAGCCACCCUCGAAACGUCCCACGAACCCACUAUUCGUCCAACCGACCACCGCUUCCACAGGGCGUCCGGCAACCACCCACUGACUGGUCCCCGGACACGCCCCCAUCCCACGAACCCAUGAUUUGCCCAAUAACCCACUAUAUUUGAAAAGUACUAACCCUGGCCUUCAUGCAAUAAGCUGCAAUUGGACAGAAUCCCACCUGCAAUCUAUUGAAUGGGGAUUUGGUUA